CUCAUUUAGUUACUUUAGUUAGACAAUUUCUAAUAAUUACAAAACUAACAAUCCUCAAAAAAAAUGUAACAUGUUGACAGGAUACUUGGGGCAACAUUGAUCAUAGCGGGAUUAUACCAAGUGUUGUGGGGUAAGAGUGAGGAGGCAAAGUUCGCCAAGGCUGCAAUUCAGUUUCUAGCAGAACACGGAAACAGAUCAACAAGCCAAGCAAAGUCCCUUAUCCAACCACUCCUUUUCUCUUGAAACAUCAAUGUGGUUCUUGAGAGAAUCAAGUCACCCUAUGCGUCCAAGCCAAUACAAGCAUAAUCUUUGGAGAGUGAGCGUGUUGGCAUGGAGUAUGACUGUGCUUUCAGUACAGACUCAUCCUUGCUGGAAAACAGUUCUAAUACUUCCUUUUACACUGAAGCCCUACCACUUAUGGCCAGUAGCUGACAUGACAGUUUAAGGUUGAUCCCCUUGAUUAGCCAGAUGGAGAGUUGCUAUUCUAUUAUGCCGUUGGUUGUUGCCGAGACUUUGCUGAGUGCGGAUGAGCUGAAGAAGGAUGCCAAAUCUGAACAUUUUAAGGGAAGCCCCCUUUUACUGCAGAUUUGGCUCGUGGAACGGCUUAGACUUUUGGAAGCUCCUGCCGAUCCUAAACAUUAUCGCCCUAUAGCCUUGGGUAACCGAAAAUACUUGCACCAAGGCCAGGACGAGGCCGAAUGGACCUCCUUUUUUACUUAUGGCAUUUGUUCUAUUAAGUGGGUGGUACCAUGGUGGGGUUUGAUUAACAAUGACAGGGGGUUCUGAUGUAUCGGUUUAUGUUUCUUUGUUGGGGCUAUCUCGUCCCAUUUAUAUUUUCCCUUACCGAGUCAUGCGUCAAUAUGUUUUAAGGCAGAUUAUCCCUUUUUCUGAUACGGUACCACCUAAGGUAGCGUCCUUUUCACAAGCACGGGUUCUAGCGUGGGCUAAGUAUUAUGAUGGUCUCCCGCGUUGGGCCGUAGCUACAAAUGGCUUUGUGGGUCUUUCUGAAAACUACAAGUUGUGGAUGAGCUCCGAUGAUAAAGAUGUGAGGACCGAGGCUCGUAAUGGGGAGCCGGCUGAGCUUUUGAUACCUCGUAUUCGUGUUAAGUAUGAGGGUCCUGAUUCUGUCAAACCUCGUACCUAUAGUAUUAAGACUGUGAAAGCUUGUCCUGAUCGAAAGCGAAAGGAAGUUCCUCCCCGUUCCAGUUUCAGGCCUAAAAAGAUGCCUAACAUGAAGGGGCCUGCUGUUGUUAAAAGAAAUGCAAGCUCUCGCGGAGAUCAUCGCCGGAACAAUGUAUGGGUUAGGAAGGCUCAGCCGCCUGUAGAAACAGUGGCUAGUCUAGUUGAUGAUAAUAAUCCUUCUCCCACCAUUGUCUGUGCCCUUGAGGCUGAGCGGGCUAUAACUGAGGAUGUUUCUGAAGCCUUGGCAUCUUUGGAAGUUAGUGUCCAGGAGCCGGUUCUUAUGGAGAUUGAUAUUGGGGCAGCGCAGAAGACUGUGGGGGUGGAUCCUACGAACAUUGCCCUCUACAAGACUUUAUUUGAUGAUCCGGAAGAACUAGAGUAGUGUAGUUCUUGCUAGGGUGUAGGUGCCCUUUAUUUAUUUCAGUUGUGUUUGUUUUUAUUCUUAGCACUUUGUUUUCCUUCUUAUUAUUUUUUCAAUAAAGGCGUAUUUUUAUCUUUCA